CUGUUUCCUAGUACAGUCGAAGAAAGAACGUACCAGAACGUACCCUGUGUGUGUAAAUUCUCAGAACGUUUGACGGGUUUUUUUUCUGGGAAAUCGCCUACUGCCCUCUUUAUUUCGUUGCGAAUAUUGGGUUCUUUGUGACGAGUGACGAAACGGAUCGAACAGUAACGAGUAACGAGCUCGGCCGACACCGCCGACACUUCCUCAUCAAUUUUUUGCAUACGGGCUUUCGCGUCAGUGUCCUGUGUUCCAUCACUAAAUAUCGAAAUCCCAUUGCUGACGUGCGUGGUCGGGUUUAUCAGCGAGAAUUGAAUGAACAGAAUCAAAGAAGUCGUUGAGUCGUCAGCAGUUAUUUCAACAACUGCUCUUACAAGAACCUGAUAAUAAGGGUUGCAUCGUGCAUCACCAAAUAUAAAAAUUGCGAAAGCACGUGAUUACUUGCAGUCAAAAAUACAGAAAGAGGCAAAAUCUGAAACACAAAAUAUAAUUGCCAAGUCAACAUUGACCCGCAGAUAAGAUGAUUUCUCAACAGUGCGCAGGGACUCAAAAUAGAUCGGCAUAUUUGUUACACUACACCAGCAUAAAAGCGAACGAUCAAUACUUUACAGAUUUUACAUGGAAUUUGUGUGAUUGGUCUUUGUUGUACGACACAAUCUAUUCCCAAGGACUGCUAUCUGAUUCUUUCCCUCUUAACGGAAUAGAUAAGUGUACUUGCCAGUUGUCCUUCAAACCAAAGAAUCCAGAAAAGUUAUUAGCGAUUGAGUUUUCUGAUUCUUCACGUUUUUUGGCAAUGAAAAUUCAGAUUUUUAUCAAUGAAGAACAACAAUUUGAGAGUUGUUAUUCACGCCCAGUUUCCAGGAUUAUUUAUCCCCAAGAAUUAAAGUUAUCACUGGAAAAAAAAGGAUUGGAUCUUCUGUUAAAAAGCAAUUUUGGUAAUCGGUCCGAUAUAAUAAAAAACAUCAUAGUGAAGUUUUCCAUCUCCAAAAUGCCCGAAUAUCAAAGCGUUCUCCGGCAAAUACCGGCAACGGGAGUUAUACAAAGCACGAAAGCUUUAUAUGAGAAGAAGACACUUAGUGAUGUAACUUUUGUAUUCGAUGAUAAAGAAUUACUUGCUCAUAAAGCUGUCCUCGCAGUAAGGAGCGAAGUUUUUGAAGCAAUGUUUUUAAGCGACAUGAAAGAGAAAGAUACAAGCAGAGUUGAAAUUGUUGACACAAAAGCCAAAAUCUUCGAAGAAUUUCUCAAGUAUUUGUACACUGGGGAAUUGAACGAUUUGAAAAAUAAGUCUGAAGAAAUAUUGUUGUUAGCAGACAAAUAUCAGGUUUGCGAGUUGAAAGAUAUGUGCGAAAAUUUUUUCUUGGAAAAUAUUUCUGAAGAAAACGUUAUGGAAUACCUUAUUGUUGCGGAUAAGUAUCGUUGCACCUCAUUGAAGAAAAAAGCUACCAACAUCCUUCAAAACAGUGCCAAUGUAUUGAAACGAGCUAUCAUGAGUGAAAGCUCCAAGACUUUAUCGAUUUUGAAAGAGGCGUUAGCCAAGGAAGAUUGUUCCCCUGAAUAGAUGUAAGUUGUAAAUGAAAAUUACACAAAGAUUUUAUUUUUUUAUUUUGCAAUUGAAAACAAAAGAUGUAUUCCACGUUGAGUUAGUGUGUAAUAUGCUAAUUGAUAACUACCACAAUUACGCGCUGCACACUUGUAAAAAGGCGCAUGGACGUGCUACGGAGUUUGUAAUCGCAUGUAAAAUCCGUGCAAGAAAUCUAUCCUAACACAUUUAAAUAGAAAUGCGGGAUACUUACGAGAAAUGCGUGCAUCUAUUUCUAAAAAUGCGAUACUGUCGCCAAAUUUUAUUCGUUUUUAUAUGAUUCUAACAGUUGCGUUUUUGUUUUGUAUACGAUUUUAUUUUUAUAGAUGUGCGAACCAUUGUAUAUGAACGGAACAUGAUAUUGCAUUGAAACUUGACUUCAACUAAGGCCUUCACGUGUACGUGUAUGUGGCUUACUUUGUUUUUACCUUUUCGUUUCAUUUUUUUUUAUUCAUUUUAUCUUUUUUCACCUAUCUUUGGUGCUGUAGUCAAAUCGUAAUGACAUCAAUAUAUUAAAUUAUGUAAGUUGAAGCGAAACAAAACAAUUCGUCAGCCCAAGUUCCUUUGUCAUUGUCAGUUGUAUGUUCCGAUACACUAAACAUAUUAUUCUACAGAUAUUUUUUGAUAAAAUAUUGUAAGAAUUAAUUUUUUUGUUAAGAAAUCGAUGUCCAUGUAUGUACAAGCAAUUGAACCAUGUUCAAACUUGAUGUAUUCUGAAAAAACAACUUCAAUCAUACAUGUCUGAAGAGCAACAGAAUACAGAAAACCAAAAAACAUUUGAGAUCGUGUUGAAUAAACUGAAGAAAUGCUGUUCAA